ACAUUUUUCACAGUUCGUCGUCGAUUUUAAGUCUGUCGCACUUGCUUUUUUCGACUUGCACAGUACACCACGGCGAGGAAGUAGUAGUUGGGAUAAAUCAUGGCCAGCCAGACGCAGGGAAUCCAGCAGUUGCUCGCUGCCGAGAAAAAGGCAGCUGAGAAGGUCGCCGAGGCCCGUAAACGCAAGGCAAGGAGGUUGAAGCAAGCCAAGGAUGAGGCCACCGAGGAGAUUGAGAAAUUCCGUCAGGAGCGCGAGCGCGCCUUCAAGGAAUUCGAGGCCAAGCACAUGGGCAGCAGGGAGGGCGUAGCGGCUAAGAUCGAUGCGGAUACCCGCGUCAAGCUUGCCGACAUGGACCGGGCCAUCCAGACCCGCAAGGAGCCAGUCAUCCAGGAGAUCCUGCAGUACGUCUACAACAUCUCGCCCGAGGUCCACAAGAACUACAACCACAAGUAAAAAGUUGCCUCCCAGCGAGCUGCUCUGUGUGCUGUAAAUUCAAUGUCCACGUUCAACUCUAAUCUAAUAAUUUAGACCCGUAAUAAUAGUGGUUAUAUCUUACUGAAAACACUGCUGUAUUAUUAUUCCAUACAUUAAAGUGAAAAUUCGUUGUUGUUCCAUGUAAAAAAAUAAUAGCGAGAAUAUUAGUUUGUCUCCCAUCUGCUCGGGAUUGUAUUAAUUUUUGUUUUGUGUUUUGCCCAAUACACGUUGUUGUUUUAUCUGAAAA